AUGGUGGCCAGACUGGGCAACAUCUCUGCCCUCAAAGACUUCCUUGCAUUCCUCGCCACUGUCCGGGGCGAUAUCUCUCACAUCACCGCUCCACCCUUCAUCCUCGCACCACAGUCUCUCACCGAAUUCCCCAGCUACAUGGCCGAGCGACCAUCACUGUUCACGGCUGCAGCACACGAGCCCUCGGCCGAAGGACGAAUCCUGCUCGUACUGAAACUCUACCUCGCGUCGCUGCAACGGCAGUACUACGUCGGCCGGACCGUCCAAGAAGGCCUGAAGAAACCGCUCAACCCAUUCCUCGGAGAGCUGUUUCUCUGCGAAUACACGCAGAACCAGAACGACGUGACGACGACGGAGAAACCCUCCACGUCCACGUCGACCGUCAGAGUCGUCAGCGAACAGGUCUCUCAUCAUCCCCCGACGACCGCGUGCUAUUUGUCCGCCGACGAAAAUGGUGUCCAUGCCGAGGCUUAUUCGACCCAACACACCUCGCUGUCUGGCACGUCGAUUCUGAUCCGCCAAGCAGGCCAUAUAGUGCUGACAGUCGACAAAUACGACGAAACGUAUCUGUUGCCGCUGCCUGACGUCUGUGCGCGAGGUGUGUUGUCGGGCGUCCCUUGGCCUGAGCUGGAUGACACGUACAAGAUUGUAAGCUCAAGUGGAUUCACCGCUGGAAUGCGCUUUACCGGCAAACGCUUCUGGGGUGGUGAGCGAAAUAUGUUCGAAGCUUCGAUAUACCGUACAGCAGACCAGGCAAGGAAGUCUCUCUUUACAGUCUCUGGUAGCUGGAGUUCUCGCUUUACGAUAUUCAAUGCUUUAGGGCAGAAGGUAGAAGUGUUCGAUCUUGCAGAUCGGAAAAACCAGCCUGUGCCGCCAUCGAUUCGUCCGCUUGAAAAGCAGAGUCCGUGGGAGUCGAGACGUGCUUGGGGUCCGACAUUCGAUGCGAUCAAAAACGACGACUUCGCUGCCGUGGUGCAUCAGAAGUCCAGACUCGAAACGGCUCAGCGCCAUAUGAGGAAGCAAGAGCAUAUCGAUGGAAAGAAGUGGGAAGCCAUGUUCUUCAGUCGGUAUGAUGAGCCUGGAGUCGAUGGAAAUGAGGCAGUGGAGAAGCUGUUCGACGAGCUUGAUUUCGCCGAGGCGGAGCGAUUACGUGGGACGAGUGGCUGUUGGAGAUUCGACAGAGAGAAGGAGGAGAGUUGGAGGUGUGGUCAAGGUAGCUGGAGACCUGAGUCGCCUAUGGGUUGA